GAGACUAAUUGAGAUCCGUUCACUCGAGAGAGGAAGCGUUGCUAACCUGACAGAGAAGACAUGAGAGCUCGUGUUUUACGCUGCGCAGAUAAACUGUAGGACCAUGAUCCUAACACGGCAAUAUUUCUCUGUCCACAUCAAAAGGAAUUUGGCGUAUCCUUGGUUUAUUUAUGGAGCGUGCUUCCAUUGCGUCUUUUGCUCUUAUAAUCCGAGAUUAACUCUAAAACAAGAAAAUGCUCCACUUUUAUACAACAGAAAUUACAGUCAUACAGUCUUAUUCCAUCAGGAAGGAUCAAUGAGUCUGUUUGUUGGAGGAAUAAAUAAUGUUCUACAUUUUGAUGUAGGUAGUCGUCAGAUUGUGGAGAACUUUACCCUGAAUCCAAACUUAAGGUGUGGGGAGAGCCCUUGUGAAAAUGUAGUCACAAUAAUUGAGAGAUUUCAAGACUACACAUUUGUAUGUGGAACGAAUGGAGAUCAGCCAAAGUGUUGGAAACUGUUUCCAAGAGAAAGCAAUCAUUCCACAGAGGUUGUAGACGGCACAGGAAUCUCACCUUAUACAUGUUCACAAAACUCCUUGUCGCUGGUGGCAGAUGGAGAUCUCUAUGUGGCAGCUCCUCUGUACAGUGAUGGAACCCUGCUGCAGUUUCGCAGAAAAGCUGGACAACGAAACAGCGUAUGGAUGUAUGAUCAAUGGGUCUCAGAACCCACUUUUAUUUCCAGUUUUCUGGCCAAGGACAAGAAUGACCCCUUGAAUGAGAAGAUAUAUGUCUUAUUUCGUGAGAAAAAUUCAGACACGAGUCCAGAAGCGGAUCCUUGGAUAUCUAGAGUAGCCAGAGUGUGUAAGGUCGAUGAGGGCGGUCCCAAGCAGUUACUCCAGAACAUCUGGACCUCCUUUCUGAAGGCACGACUUGUGUGCGGGAUUCCUAGAGAGUCACUAUACUUUAACCGCCUGCAGGACGUUUUCAUCCAGCAUGCUGACGACUGGAGGGAUUCACAAGUGUAUGCGCUCUUCUCCAGCAGCUGGAACUCUACUGCUGUGUGCAUUUAUUCGUUGGCAGAGCUUGAUUUUGUUUUUGAGCAUUCCACCUUCAAAGGUUAUUCUGAGGCCAUCCCCACCCCAAGACCAGGAAUGUGUGUCAAACAAAGCAAUUCCAUUCCAAUUUCUACCCUUCAAAUCAUUAAAGACCAUCCAGAUAUGAAGGACUGGAUUCAUCCCAUUCAAAAAGACACACCUUUCUUCACAAGUAAUAAGAACUUCACCAAGAUAGCUGUUGACCGAGUCCAAGCUUCAGAUGAAAGCAUACACAGUGUGCUGCUGCUUGCAAAAGACAAUGGAGUGAUCCUUAAGAUCCUGGAGGACGGCUCCAAAGCAUUCAUCAUCUCUGAAACGCAUCUGUGCAAUGGUUCAGCACCUGUACAUUCAAUGAAACUUGACUCUGAGAAGAGGAAGCUCUUUGUAGGAUAUCCGGGUCAAAUUUCAGUGUUAGACCUGCAGAGAUGUCAAGACUACAAUGCUUCCUGUGAAGAAUGUGUCCUUUCCCGUGAUCCAUACUGCGCUUGGACUGAACAAGGCUGCACAUCACAAACUAAAGGAGGAAUACAAAACAUUGCUGAUGGACUCACUAAAGUAUGUCACCAAAAAUCAGAGGGAAGAUUCACAAGAGAUGUGCAACAAGCAUUGACAGCUCCAUUAGGGAUUGAACUCUCUGUGCCCACUGGCGUCCCCUUCUACCUCUCUUGUCCUGUUGAUUCCAAUCAUGCCACUUACAAAUGGGAACAUGAUCAAAAGAGCAUCCCAGGCCAGCAGACCCAAUCAGAAUGUCUCCUCCUCAUUCCAGCCAUGACGACUGACAUACAUGGCAAUUACAAAUGUACAUCCCAUGAACUCGAUUACACCAAAACUGUGAGGGAAUACAACCUCUUGAUUGGCCAAGUUAGGUCUGCUUCUAAUGAUGCUUUCAAGCUCAGAGCACAGGACUGGUUAAUGGCUGCAUUUGCCACUAGUGCCUUCUAUCUGCGCUCGCUUUAAGGUCAAGGUAGUUAUAUAAAUGUCAGUGCUUCCGUCUUCAAGCGCUUCUGAUGACCUGUAAGCUGAUUAAAACCACCAGUCACAUGUUGCCAGGCGCCAGUAGUUGGUCUUAUCAAGUGAAGUUUAUAGGGAAGUAAACACUGAAGUAAAAGAAAGCAUCCAUCCUAGCAGAUAACUCGCAUGCUUGCCAUCUGUUGAGUGGCUGUUGAAUGUAUACAAUGCAGUCCAAAGUCUGAGACCACAAUGAAAAUUUGGGCUUUCAACUUUGGAAAUUAGAAAUACUCAUCUUAGGGAACUGGAAAUUUUAGGACUUAGAAUUUUCAUGAAGUAAAAUGAAGAAGCAAUAUUUCAGUUGCAGUAUUUCUUGGUCAUAAGACACUUUUUAAACAUUCACUAGUAUCGUUACAUAAUAUAAUACACCAGUAGAUAGCAACAAGUUACUAUUUUCAUGAGUGAUUAGUUGAAUCAGCCAUUCAGCCAAUUUGUUAAAAAAUGCUAAUUCUUUCAGGAACAGAACAAUGACUGUCUUUAUGAGUGAGUCAUUGAAUUAUUCACUCAACUGAUUAAUUCAAAAACGCUAAUUCGAAACAUUCAAAAACGUUCUUUAUUGAGGAAUGAAACGCCAAUACUCUGUGUUCCUCAGAGACGCACAGCAAUUUUGCUGUGGCUUCGUUUGGAACCUUUUUCAUUAGUGGAGCAAAAACACAUACACUUGUUUAUUGGUCUGUUAAAAGCAAUUUCACACUCGCAGACGUGCUAUUAAUAUUAUUAUUAUUAUAUUAAUAUUAGAGGGGCUGUGAUUUAAACAACAGCUCUCUUGCUCACUUUUACAUUCCACUGUAUGAAUAGAAAGCACUUUAUAUUGCUCCGAUUUGUGUACUAAAUUCCUUAGUGUAAUUUAACUGGUUCAGCAUUUCGUUCAAGAACUGUAGCUUGUGUAUGUGUAUGGUGUAUGUGUUUACUGGAAAACGGCAACUUCCUCUCAUUAGUGCAGCCUAAUUUGGGAGAUUGCGUCUGUUUAUUAAAGAUUAUGUAUGGCACUCUUGUUUGCACUUGCUUACUUUCGUAAUUAAGUUCUUCUCUGUCAUUUGUCUCGUUUCAAGCAAUUGUUCCCCAAACUUUAUAGUGCUAGUGGUCCAAGAGUUUGCUUUUAUAAAGAGAAACAGAAAUAUUUGGCUGUUAUCAAAUCCAUAUAGUUGUUCAGAAAGUCUGUGAAAUUGUGGGUUGUAAUAAGGGUUAAGGAAUUCUGGGUGUGGUUAACAAAAACAAGGUCACUAUUGGGCUUCAGUGCUUUUGGCUGCUGUAUAUAGUUUAAUGAAAAUGUGCUGUGUGUACUUUUAACACAGCGUUAAAAGAGGUGAAACAUUUUCUAGAUGUGGGAUUCCAAAAUAAAUAUGCAAUGGAUCAAUUACAGCUGUCAAAAUAUGCAGCAAAUAUAUGUUCUAAAAGAAUUCUCUUAUUUUAAAAUUAUAUAUACGCAUGUAGGGAACAAGAUUACGCACCUUAUAUUUUUAAUUCAUUACAACUAUAAAUUGAGUAAUAAAGUAAGUUUGGAUGCUGUUGUGUUUGUAGGGAAUGAAAAAGGAGUGCAUUAGGCUGUAGACUUAUGAAAAUGAAGGGAAUUUUUUAUAUUCUUUGACAUGUUCACUCAAAUGUGUUGCCGUAGAAAUGUAGUUUUAUGCAAAACCAUAUUUGUCUUGCAGACAUUUAAUAUUGGCUUUAUUGUUUUCUAUGCCAUUGAUAGCAUGAAGGUAUUGCUUGUAAUGUUCUCUUUAAUUUUUUAUUUAAUGUCAUAACACAUGAAUUAUUGAGAGGGACUCAGAAUUGACAACAUGACAAAAUUUUGAAAUGCACUACUUGAUUCCAGUGCAUUUCACGUCAAUAUUACAUUAAAUUUAAUUAUUUAUCAUAUUAUACAAGGGACACUUUGUUCCUUUAUUCUUGUAAUUUGAUGCAUAUUAGUUAUAUUUUAUGAUUAAUGUUUUUGUGCACUCUGAAUCAUGUACACCUACAUCUAAAUACCUCCCAGUAUGUGACUUUUAAGCUUUUAGACACACUCUAUGUUGUACUUUAUAUUUAUUUUUAUGCAUUACUUAUGUAUUUCCUUUAA